AUGGGCCUUUCCAAAGUGUACGUGGUCGGUGUGGGCAUGACAAAGUUCGAGAAACCGGGACGCCGGGACGACUUUGAUUAUCCGCAAAUGGCCAAAGAAGCGGUUACGAAGGCACUGACCGAUGCGAAAAUCCAGUACAAGGAUGUGCAGCAAGCAACGGUCGGCUAUGUGUACGGUGAUUCGACCUGCGGGCAGCGCGCCCUGUACGAAAUUGGCUUCACCGGCAUUCCGAUUUACAACGUCAACAACAACUGCUCGACCGGUUCGACUGCACUGUUCCUCGCGAAGCAGCUGGUCGAGUCGGGCAAUAAUGACUGUGUGUUGGCGCUCGGGUUCGAGAAGAUGGAACGCGGAUCGCUGACGUCGAAGUAUCUGGACCGAACCAAUCCGGUCGAGCUGUUGGUGACGGCGAUGGCGGAGAACCAUGAAAUUACCGGUGCUCCGAUUUCGGCCCAGCUGUUCGGCAAUGCCGGGCUGGAGCAUAUGAAGAAGUAUGGCACCAAGCCGGAACAUUUUGCCAAGAUCGCGUACAAAAAUCACAAACAUUCCACCAAUAAUCCCUAUUCCCAGUUCCAGGAUGAGUACAGCCUGGAGCAGAUUCAAAAGUCUCCGGUUGUGCACGAAAUUCUCACCAAACUGCAGUGCUGCCCAACGAGCGACGGUGCGGCUUGUUGCAUUGUGGCCUCGGAAAGCUUCGUCAAACGCCACGGCCUUGAGGCUCAGGCAGUGGAAAUUAUUGCCAUGGAAAUGUCUACCGAUGUGCCCAGUUCGUUUAGCGAGGGAAGCGCUAUGAAGAUCGUCGGUUACGACAUGACGCGUAACGCCGUCCAGAAGGUAUUCGCCAAGACGAACUACAAACCCCUGGACGUGGAUGUGGUGGAGCUGCACGAUUGCUUCUCCGCUAACGAGCUGAUCACGUACGAAGCGCUCGGUCUGUGCGAACCGGGCAAGGCGGGUGAAUUUAUUGACCGUGGCGACAAUACGUACGGCGGUCGCGUCGUAGUGAACCCCAGCGGUGGUUUAAUUUCCAAGGGUCAUCCACUGGGUGCGACCGGUUUGGCGCAGUGCUCUGAACUCUGCUGGCAGCUGCGCGGACAGGCCGACAAACGACAGGUAAAGGAUGCCCGGCUGGCCUUACAGCACAACAUCGGGCUCGGCGGAGCAGUGGUCGUGGGCCUUUACCGUCUAGGCUUCCCGUAUGCAAAGCGUCCGGUAAAUCCAAGCCUUACGGCUGCCGGAAAGCUGAAGGAUACUUGCGACGGUUUUCUGGUUACCCCGUACAUGAAGGUGCUCGAGGAAGCGAUGCAGGACGAUAAGGACAAUCUGAUCGAGGGUGUGCGUGGAAUCUAUGGAUUCAAGGUCACCAAUGGACCGGACGGUGCCGAAGGGUACUGGGUGAUUAACGCAAAGGUCGGCAAGGGAUCGGUGAAAUACCGUGGCACGGACAAACCGGACGUUACGUUCAUCAUGAACGAUAUCGAUGUCGUGGAUUUGAUCUCCGGCAAGCUGAACCCCCAGAAGGCUUUCUUCCAGGGCAAGGUGAAGGUGCAGGGCAACAUGGGCCUGGCGAUGAAGCUGAUGGAUCUACAAAAACGAGCCAACUCGCGCAUUGAAGAACUGCGAGCUAAGCUGUAA